CCCCGUCCUCCAUUGCUGGCACGGAGAGCAGAAUCUCUGCAAGUGCUCAUCACAGGCUGGAAGCGCUCCCUCAGUCGCUGGCAGGGCUAAAGCUCAGCACAACAGUGAAGUGGUGAGAAUGUAGCCUGGUUUGGCUUUUGAGCACUGCAGAGGGCUGUAAGGACACCUAAGCUGCAGGUAAUCUUGCAAAGUAGGAAACAGCUGAUUUUAAGGUAAGCAAGAAUGAUUUAAAGUAUGAAGAAACAGUGAUUCAAGUCCAUUCUACCUCAUUCAACCACUUGGUAAAGCAGGCAUAAUGUAGCCAAUUAUGAGUAAAUCCCACCACCUCGGAUUUGGCUAAGCUGCUCGGGGUGAUUAAGAAAAAAUGUUUAAGCUCAAUGGUCCUUGAAAUACUUAAAAGAUCAAAGAAAGUAGGUAAGAUAGAAAUGAGUACAAAUUAUUUUGAAUCUACACUAAUAUAAGUCUCUUACUGCAAUCUUCUCUUUGCUGCUUAAUAUGUAAAAUCCUCUCUUAGAAAUGAAUGUGACAAUUCUUGUGGUAGCUCUGCGGACACUGGAUGCACUGCAUGUCUGCGCAUGGAUUUUGGAGACAUCCAUGAUGGGAAAAUACUGCAUCCCUCACACAGUCUCUGGUUACCAAGGCAAAGGCAGGAAAAGACAAAGCCCUGGCUCUUCUCCAAGUUAUCCAAGUAAGAUCAGAAAGCAUUCCUCCCCCAGCUGUGACACUUUCUAAGAAGGGAGAAAUUGAACAGAACACAUCCCAGAGUUGGUGUCAUCACCCUGCAGACAGGCAAGGAGGUGCAUGGCCUUGGAAAGGCAUGUGCAGUACCAAGUCAGGGUGAAGAUAACAGCAGAGUUUACUGGAUUUAAGAUUCUCGGCCCUGUGAAGCACAACCAAGUGUGUGCAACAAGCCAUUCUCCAUUUCUGGGACUGAUGGUAACUGUGAAGCUGGAUGGUUUACGGGAAAUUCUGCAAUUUCAUUUCAAGCCCUUUAGAAGACUUUAAUCUUCUUGUUGCAGUUGGUGGACAAGAACAUAUGCUUGGAGUUGGGAAUUUUUCAAGAGUUAUUACUCAUAAAGAAGCUGGUAACUUUGGCUUCAGACAUCUCUUAGGGAUACUGCUGCUUGCAGAUGAAGGGAAGCCUGGUUUUGCAUAAUGAGGCAAAGGACGACAGGGUUGUGUGGUUGUGAAUGCAAGUGCUGAGAUUUCAGAGAGGGAGUUAAAUAAAAACCUGCACAACUCUGCCUACGAGGAACCAUCGCAGGGAAACGUAAAGACUUGUCUGAGAAGUGCAAGCAGACAGCAGCUCACAUGUACUCAGAAAACAGGCCAAGUAAAGACAAAGAAUUACCUCCCCCUGGUGUUGCUCAGACUACAUCUAUUAACAGGAUCGCCUGGUUCUGCAGAAAAUACACACAGCAACAGGUUUUGUCAUAUUAUCCUGAUUUAGCCUUGGAAUCUAAUCCAUCUGAUCAUCCCAGAGCAAGCACAAUUUUCCUGAGCAAGUCACAAACAGAUGUGCGAGAGAAGAGGAAGAGUAACCAUAUAAAUCAUGUUUCUCCUGGGCAGCUUACGAAAAAAUACAGUUCAUGCUCAACAAUAUUUAUAGAUGACAGCACCGUCAGUCAGCCUAACCUUAGAAGCACAAUAAAGUGUGUAACAUUAGCAAUAUUCUACCAUAUAAAGAACAGAGAUUCUGACAGAUCAUUGGAUAUUUUUGAUGAAAAAUCUCACCCUCUCACACGGGAAGAAGUCCCAGACGACUACUACAAGCAUGACCCUGACCACAAGCACAUCUACCGGUUUGUCCGGACGCUCUUCAGCGCGGCACAGCUGACAGCGGAAUGUGCAAUAGUGACACUGGUUUAUUUGGAAAGGCUUUUAACCUAUGCAGAGAUUGACAUAUGCCCCAGUAACUGGAAGAGGAUAGUCCUAGGAGCUAUUCUGCUGGCUUCUAAAGUCUGGGACGAUCAAGCUGUGUGGAAUGUGGAUUAUUGCCAAAUACUGAAGGACAUUACUGUUGAAGACAUGAACGAGAUGGAAAGACACUUCUUGGAGCUGCUGCAGUUUAAUAUCAAUGUUCCUGCCAGUGUUUACGCCAAAUACUACUUUGAUCUUCGCUCCCUAGCAGAUGACAAUAACCUGAGCUUUCUGCUGGAGCCUCUCAGUAAAGAGAGAGCACAGAAGCUGGAGGCAAUCUCCCGGCUGUGUGAAGACAAAUACAAAGACUUGUCAAAAGCUGCUAUGAGACGAUCUUUCAGUGCUGAUAACUUAGUAGGUAUCCGCCGUUCUAAUGCCAUCCUCUCCUGAGGAGAGAGCAGGGUGCAGCACCAGGAACCAGCAUCCACAGGAACCGGAGGAAUCCACCACUCCACGCACGCAAGCCAGCGGUGAUGGUGUCUUCCAGCAAGGGGAAGUGAGAGAGUCAAUCAGCCAAGGGAGCCCAGAGCUUGAGGAACAUACUUGGUGCAAAAGACAAGACCUUUGUCAAAUCAACUCUCUCCUCCUUUUAAUGUAUCCAGAGGUGCAAAAACAAACUUCUCUCCUUGUCUCCCCCACAGAUGUUUGCUUACUAUGUAGGCCUAUAGCUGUGAACUCUUGAGGUUUUUAAUAAUAAGUAGUUUUAAAUUUUAGAAUUUAAACACUAACCACAUGACUAUAGUUACAAUGUUCUUCCCUCCUCUCCCCUGUCAUCCAGCGUCUUCACUGCAUUUGUAUUUCAGGUCAAUGCAGUGUUAACAAAAACAACACAUGGGACUCCUAAAGUAUAAAGCCACUCUGGAGCUGAAAACAGUAGCAUAGACACGUACGUGUUGAUGGCUUUUCCCUGGUUUGGCUACUAAAAGCUGCUAUUAUUGGUGAUGUGUUCAUACCAAGAAGCUGCCCAGCAGGAAGGAAUUCCAUCUCUGCACCCACAACUUCACUCCAGUAAAGAUUGUCAAAAGACUUUGAAUGUUUUGACUGGGGGCAGAGAUAUGGUUUUAUGUAUUGUUAAAAUGUAUAGGGUCCAUGCUGCAUUUCUUGUGAAUUAUGGUGCUUCUCUCAUUUUCUAAUACUUAUAGUGCUCUGGAAGAGAUGUAAUCUGUGUAUUUUUCUGAGGCAUUGAAUGAAAAAGUUGGUCUGGAAACACCAUCACCAUCCCAAACAGUGUAGCAAUCCAGUGGUGAAUGGCGUGUGUGCAGCACUGCUUCUCUGAGUUCUACUGCAGAUCUCUUGUGCUAUAUACAGUGAGUUCCUAAAGCUGAUAUUGUGCAUCCAUCUGGCUCUCCUUGGGUUUCAGAUUCCUGGGAGGAAGUUACAUUCAUAAUGAGACAAUAAUGAGUUUGAGAAUCCUGGACUACCUAUCAAGGUAGAUGGAAAAAUAUUGUGUUCAACUGAGAAUUAUCAAAAAGCUUUCUAUAAACCUUUUUUUUUUCUCCCAAAGUGAAUUUUAUCUUGUGCAACUGCUCUAGAGGCUUGGGGUUUGCUCUUUCUGAGACUUUAGAACAGAGCUUACUUUCAAGCUCUGAAACUGAACUCUAAACAGGAUAAGUAUUAUUAUAGACUCUUCCUGUUACAAGUCUUUGUAGUAUCUUCCCUUCUUGGAUCCAGAUAGGUUCUGGGCAGUGUCCUAGGAGCAGAUCUCCCUCUGAAUGAGACGGGUUUUGUGCACUUCCUCUUACAGGCAAGGCCCAGAAACUUACAGUGAACAACAAGUCCAUCUGCCUUUGGGAGUGGGGCUGUGUGAGUGCCAUCAUCAGUGUGGCUGCACUCAGCUGUUCAAAUGCUGCAUACAGCCUUUUGCAGUAUGCAAAUGUGCCAGCCCCUGGCUCCCAAACCCACGGGACUUGGCACUUCAGGUAUUGAUCACAAUUCAAUACUGAAAAUAACACUACAUCUUCAGGUGGUUUUCCUUUCUCAUGUUUGUAUUAAAAGAAAAGCUAAUAAACUCUAUUUUAAUUAAAGAUAAA